CCAAUAUAAAGCAAAGCAAUUGAUAGUAUGAAAAUCCAAAAGAGGAUUCAAAUCCACCACAAUUCUUGAUUAAUUCCUCUGUUUUUCAGUCUCCGGUUCCCACCGGCAAACGAUCGAUCUGUUUUUUUUUUUUUUGCUUACAGUAAUUGCCAGGAAGGAGAGGGACGCCUGUAUUAAUGGCGCUGCCGGCCAUUCGUUGUGGAGCCGUUCACCAACUUCCGUCGCAUCUCCGCCAUCCAAUUUUUCCCGGGCACAAUGCAAGACGUCAAUGCUGCUUUGCCACAUCGACAUCCUGCAGUACCCCCAAGAUCUUAAUGUCUCGGGUGAAUCUUGAACCUUCCCGUUCACGUAAAUCGAGAAAUUCGCCGGAAAGGAUUGACGAGUGGAUGAGAGAGUCGGUGACGGAGAUCGUCAAGAAAUUACCGGAGUCGCCGUUGCUAGUCCAGGUGUACUCGGACAAGAGCGGAAAAUCCGCAGCAAUGAUGGAAAAGGCGGAGGAAAGCAAGUGGGAGUUGGUAAAGAAAAAGUGGGAGAAAGGGGAGAUGCAGAUGCCGGAUGGAUUGAUAUUGGUGGAGAGGAUUGAGGAGGGAGGAGCAGAAUUGGAUAAUGAUAAUAAUGGGGAAGAGAAAUCCAAGGUGUGGGGGAUCGUGGUGCAGGGAUGCGGUCAGGCUCAGGCGUGUUACCUGUUGAAGACGAAUCGGGUAAGGGUGGGAUCGGAAAUGGGGUUGUGGUGCACGCACUUUUGCCUGACGAGGGUGAAGAACUUGAGGGAGACGGCAGUCUCACAACUAAAGAAUUGUUGGCUGUUGCAGGCACAAUGAGACAAUGGUUUCUUCAUGGAUAUGAAGUUAUACCGUAUUAUUUUUAGGUGGGUUUGUGCUGUUUUCAACCCCCAGAUUAAAUGGUAGUACAGUAAUAAUUUAUAGGAAUUAAUUGAUGAGAACAAAAAAGAUCUGUCAAGUUUCCUUCUUAAUUAAAUUGGCCUCUCUGAAUUCAUUUAUUUAUACCAUCACAUCAAUUGCACAAGAAACGAUUGAAUCUUGG